AAUGAGAGAGCGAGAGAGAGAGAGAGAGAGGAAGAGUGCAGGGUUUCCUCUCAUCCAUAGCCUCAGUACACCGGACUGUCAUCCAUCAGCUCUCUGCCGUGGUCCAGUUCCGUUUCCAUUUAGUUUCACAGUUGGCGGACAUAGCAUGGACACGAUUUAAGACGUAGCCUACUACCGAUCAGUCAGCAGUUUCACUUGCUAAAAAGAACAAAUUCUCUUAAAGCUCGUCCGGCUAAAGUCAGAAUAAUGAUGGAGUAUUGGAGGCAGUGCUCGCUGUGGUUAAUAAACUGCAAGGUGCUUCCAGCUAACCACCGGGUUACAUGGGAAUCUGCACAGGUAUUUGAUUUGGCUCAAACUCUCCGGGAUGGAGUCCUCCUCUGCCACCUGCUCAACAACCUGAGACCCCAGUCCAUCAACUUAAAGGAAAUCAAUCUCCGGCCGCAAAUGUCACAGUUCCUGUGCCUGAAGAACAUCAGGACUUUCCUGGCAGCGUGCAGCGAGCUAUUCGGCAUGAAGAAAAGCGAGCUGUUCGAGGCCUUUGACCUUUUCGACGUCAGGGAUUUUGGAAAGGUUAUGGACACACUCUCGAAACUUUCCCACACAGUGUUUGCACAGCAAACUGGAGUCAGGCCGUUUCCAUCCGAGGAUAGUGUUGAACAUGACGAUAUCUACAACCACCUGGAGGACCUUAUAGAUGAGAACGGGUUGGAGGAUGAGGAGGAUCUAUAUGACUGCGUGUAUGAUGAUGAAGAUGGAGGAGAGAUCUAUGAGGACCUGAUGAAGACAGAAGCUAUCCCGCCUCCGGCGUUCCAGAAGCAAGCAGAGACUGACAUCAGGAGUUGCUGUUUGACAGAGAUCAAGCAGACAGAGGAGAAAUACACUGAGACCCUGGAGUCUAUAGAGAAGCACUUUAUGAUGCCCCUCACCAUGUUUCUAUCCAUGGCCGAGAUGGAAAAGGUGUUUGUGAACAUCCCGGACCUGGUUAAAGUUCACAAAUGUUUACUGAUGGAAAUCCAAAACUCAGUCCAGCACAGAAGUGCCCAGAACGUUUACCAGAUCUUCAUCACUUUCAAAGAGAGGUUGUUGAUCUAUGGGAAAUACUGCAGCCAUGUGGAAACAGCCAUCGCCAGUCUGGAUGACAUCUGCAAAGACAGAGAGGACAUACGCAUGAAGCUAGAGGAGUGUUCAAAGAGAGCCAACCACGGCAAAUUCACACUGAGGGAUCUACUAGUGGUUCCUAUGCAGCGUGUCUUAAAGUAUCACCUCCUCCUGCAGGAGCUGGUGAAACACACUCAAGAUGCCACAGAGAAGAGUAAUCUGCGGACGGCAUUGGAUGCCAUGAAGGACUUGGCUCAGUACGUCAACGAAGUCAAGCGAGACAAUGAGACGUUGCGAGAAAUAGAUCAGUAUCAGAAAUCCAUCGAAAACCUGAAUCAGCCUCUGAGUAACUACGGGAGACCCAAAGGUGACGGGGAGGUACGGGUGGCCUCGGUGGACAAACGAGCUAAACAGGACAGGCACAUCUUCCUGUUUGACGCUGCGGUGAUCGUUUGUAAGCGGCGAGGAGACAACUAUGAGAUGAAAGAAGUGAUCGACCUGCACCUCUUCAAGAUCACCAACAACCCAACAUCGGACAAGGAGAACCGAAAGUGGUCCUACGGAUUCUACCUCACUCAUAACCAGGGCCAGAGCGGCUUUGAGUUCUUCUUCAAGACCAAAGAGCUGAAAAAGAAGUGGCUGGAUCAGUUUGGCAUGGCCAUAUCCAACAUUCGUCCUGAGAACGCCACUAACAACUCCCAUGAGUUUAAUAUGCACACCUUCGAAAGGAUCACCUCUUGCAACUCUUGCCACAUGCUGCUGAGGGGCAUCUUUAACCAGGGCUACCUGUGCUCCAAGUGUGGUUUAGGUGCCCAUAAAGAAUGCCUGGGCCGCUUUGGCAGCUGUGGAAAAACAGAUCCCGGCUCCGUCAGAACUCAGGGCAAAGAUCAAGAUCCAGGUCUGCCCAAGAUGCUGGUAAUCAGGAACUACUUUGGUGUGCCGAGCCCUGCGUCUGGUCCAGCACUGAGCAUCCAGACAGGCGACAUCAUUGAAUUAAUCUGUGCCGACCUGCACAGCCCCUGGUGGCAGGGCAAAAUCCUGACGACGAAAGAGGUUGGCUUCUUUCCAAGCGACGCUGUGAAGCCUUGCCCAUGUGUCCCGAAGCCCGUCGAUUACUCCUCUCAAGCAUGGUUUGCAGGGCCCAUGGAGAGGCUCCAGGCAGAGGCAGAACUCGUCAACAGGGUCAACAGCACCUACCUGGUCCGCCACCGCAGCAGAGAGUACACAGAGUACGCCAUCAGCAUUAAGUACAACAACGACGUGAAGCACAUAAAGAUCCUGACCAAGGAGGACUGCUUUUACAUCGCAGAGAACAAGAAGUUCAGGAGCAUAUUUGAGCUGAUUGAGUACUACAAACACCACUCCUUAAGAGAAGGUUUUAGGAGUCUGGACACCACAUUGAAGUUUCCUUACCAGGAACCGGAGAACGCUGCUAUGCACCGCCUCAACCGGUCGGGUGGCAACACCCCAUUGCUCUGCGGCCUCUCUUUUGUAACUCCUGCCGGCUACAGCUUUGUACCUCCUUCCUCUGCUCCCUUCUGGUCAGUGUUUACUCCGAAAGUGAUUGGUGUGGCGAUAGCGCGGUACGACUUCAGCUCGCGUGACACCCGGGAGCUCUCGCUGCAGGAGGGUGACGUGGUGAAGAUCUACACAAAGUCAGGAGCCAACGGCUGGUGGAGGGGCGAGGUCAAUGGCAGGGUCGGCUGGUUCCCAUCCACAUACGUAGAGGAGGGUGAGGAGUGAAAGGUCCAACAUGGGAACAAGAGUACGAUAAAGAAAGAACUGCAGCAGUGGAGUAAGCAAACUGUGAACAUAACAGUAACAAACAGAGUGAGCUUCUGCACUGCUGCUUGCCCCAGUGUUACUUUUCAGAGCAGAGCGGGCGGCUUCGCUCUCCUCGAUGGAGUCCUGCUGCCGACAGCCACCCAGAGGCCUUUGGGAGAGUAAAGGGCUACAGAACGCUGGAGAUGCCCUAUCAUUUCUGGUUGACUCUGUGUGGCUAAGUGACUCCACCAACUAGCAGCUUGCCUGUCAGCGGGGCACAAGCCUUCGCCAGACACUCCUCCCUCCCUCCCUAACUUCAUCCCUCCAUCCAUAAUUCACCCUGCGCUCCCUUCCUCUCUCUGCACCGGCCAGCCCAUAACUCCCACCUGUUUCUGCUUGCCAAGUCAGCCGUCGCCAGUCUGUCAAAAGUAGAUACUCAAAAGCUGCUCCUCCAUUCGUGCACUCAUCCAUCCAUCCAUCCAUCCAUACACGCAUCCAUCCUCCCUCCCACCCCCUGUGGGAAUAGAGUAAUCUGAGCCGGAAAAGACCCACACUCUAUUCAGUUUUUUUUUUUCUUCUUCUUAUCCCCUUCUCUCUCUGAAGAGAUUUCAGUUAGUUUUGACCUUGCCUGUGUGUGUUUCUUACACUAAUGCAGUUGGUUAUUGAUGACUUGAUGACCCAGAUUCUCUCUCUCACACACACAUACACACACACACACACACACACACACACACACACACACACACACACACACACACCACCCACCUCUCCUCCCCUUCAGAUUAUGAUCACCUCAUACACGCUCUUACAGGAGAUGUAAGAGAGGGAUAGUAUCGCUGCGCAGUGCCAGCAAUUGAUCGCUGUUGUUCCUAUUUUCCUCCCACCUCCUACAUUCUUUAUCUGCAGCCCAGCCUCUCAUGUCUUUAGUUGUCUUGGCAGUUAGUGAUCCUCUGCUCUUAUCGGUGGCAGCCCUGUCAACAGGAGCCGAGGGUUUAUCUUAUUGGAGGCAUUAGUGGCUCGUCGGGGAACAAGCCACACUAAGCCAGCUGUCCCCUUAACAUGAAAAAGAAAAGCAGAUGAAACACAAACGCAGCCCAACAUUGUUCUUCUUUUUGUCCUCAAAUUUUACACACUUCACACUUUAUUUGCUUUGUUCAGCAUGUCUCGAUUCUUUUGUCAGUUCCAUCAUCUACAGAUAUGAUGGAUACGAUGCAGUUUGAUUGAUUGCAUUCUCGCAAAAUGAUCAAUACUACACUGGUAGUCUACGGAGGGUUAUCUACCCAGAUUUGUACUUUUGCAACAUUUUUACCAGAUUAUGCAUCAAAAUGUUUUAACAUCAUCUUCCUAAGUGUUAGUCAAGACUGAGUCGUCUGUGAUGACUGCUAUUUUAGAGGGUUUUUUCCACUCAAGAAUACAAUUUGUGCAGGAACAGCUGCAAUUUAGGGGAUUUAUUUGGCAAGAAAAACGUCCAAUUUAAAAAGGUCUUUAUGUAUUGACUCUUUAAUUCAAGCUCUCAGAAACCUUUUGCCAUUGCUUAUAUCUUCCUGCUAAGUGUCCUCCCUCUCAUCCUCUCUCCUUUUCUGUGUUCCACCCUCACCCCCUGUAUACAUUAUGCACACGGUUUUCUUAAUCCACAGUGAAAGAGGAUUUUCCCACAUUUGAGGGAAUAAAUACCUUUAUAGCAAAACAUGCUGCACACGUGAUGUUAACACUCACUAAUAUGUAUUCAGAGACAAGGCCGUGUACAGAGAAUCCAAAUAGUGACUUAUGUCUGGAGGUGAGAGCAGUUGGCUUUGUGCAGCGAUGUUUUAAUCUCAGCCAUGAUGUUGAUUCUCUCUUUAAUAUAUAUAGAGAGAAACAAACUAAAAAACAUACUUCUGUGUUUCAAAUAUAUGUACAUAUUGAAAUGUUUUAUUUAAUUCAUGGCUGGUUAUUUCUCUUCACACAAUGGAUAGAAGUCAGAAGCAAACUCUAAACCAUUCCUUUAAAUUCUUCUUUCUUUAAAGCUGUGCUUUGGCUAUAUUUCUUACGUUCCCUCUCACUCCCUUAAAUACAGACUUUGACGCAUGGCAUUUUAAAAAUCAUCCAUCUUGUGUCUGUUAAGGGAAACUAAUAAUGCAGUGUACAUAAAAUACAAUAUCGGGGUAGUUUACGAAGAGGCAGCAUUCUCUCGUUGACAGCUUAAGUGAAAACAUGUAUCACACAUAGAAGAAGUCAGAUCGUUCACAGCUAAUAGGGAAGUUUAACCACUUGAUGAGAUCAAGGAAGCCGUCAUGUGGCUAACUAUGGACCCUGCCUCUGCUAACAGCCCUCAGGGCUUCCAAUGAAAGCUAUCAUCCUCCCCCGUCAUGUCCUCAUUGUGUCCAUGCCAUUGGCUAUUGUGUCAGAUAUGUGUUUUGUGAAUCUAACUAAGACUUUAUUGUAAAGAUAUGCUUUUGUCUGCUCUUAAUGGAGCCAUUAUGAUUGGAAAUCCUAAAUAGCCCCCUGCCACUCCAUGCCAUUAUCAUAUGUGUGACAAAAGAUUUUUGUUCUCAGUCACAUUGUUUAAUACUGGACUGAAGAAAUGUGUCACAAAGGGGUCAUUUUAACGUAUUUCUGCAUCGUGACGUCCCUCUUUUUUCCACAUUGUGUAUUAUCAACAGAGUCUUUGAGUGACCACUAGAUGGAAGCAUCCCAAACACAUCUGUUUCUCUCCAAGCCAGUCACCUUCAACUUGCUCAAGUUUGGAGAUGACAUCAUCUGAUGAGGAGUUAAGGAUGCAUUUUGCAUCGGCCUCAGACUUGUUGCUGUGAGUGAGAGGGAACGAAGACGCCCGAUAGACUAAACCAAAGUAUCAAAACACUAAGAGUCAUGAUUAAUAAUGCAGGUAGACUAAAAACAUGCAAAUACGAAAUUAUUUGGACAGGUUGUAUUGUAAAGUUUCUUCACAGUCCCUGUCUUCUACCAGGUGUUAUUCCCUAAUUUCUUUUUUUUAAUUGUUCCUGAUAUUCCAGGAACUUCUCUUCCCCUCCUGCUUCCUGAAAUGUCUGCAGUCUCUGAGCAGUCACACAUUACAUUUAAAACAUCUUUAGGAAAUCUGUGGCAAGGCAGCGGCACAAAUGAGAUUCAGCACAAGCGCCUCUCGCCCGUCUCGGGAGAACUGGAGAGGCAGGAGAGGCAGAGUAGGCUCCUCUAAUCGCAGACUCCAGUAAUCUACUCCCGCACUCCUCCUCCGCCCAGAUGAACUCUGACAGCGGGGCCAUUUACAACUGCAGGCCUUCCUCUGCUGCGAGUGCGCUUCCAGAUUUUUUUUUUGUGUGCGCAGGAGGGACGGGAGGAAAGGCUCAAGGGUAUCUGUGAUCUAAUCAUUACACCAUCUCCUCACCCCGGCGACCCCGCUGCAUCCAUCUCUCUGUCGGCUCCUCUCUCUCUCGCUCUGUCUCACCUUGUCACUUCCCUUCUCUCUCUCUCUCUCUCUCUCUCUCUUUACUGCUCUCUUUCCCCAUCUAUCUUUCAUCCAAUCUCUGUCUUCUCAGUUUCUCUCUGUAUUCUGUCCCUCACCCAGAUGCUCUGUAGGCUGUAACUGCCACUGCUGUAUGUUGGCGGGAGGAGAAUAGACAAUAUUAUCAGGAGAGGAGGGAGAGAGGCGGUCUCACUCUCUAUAAACAACCACAGCAAAACAAAACGAGGACUAGUUUAAUUUUACCACAAAAAUUCAUAGACUUAAGAGAAAUGAUGCCAAUUAUAGACUGAAUUAGAAUCAGCUCUCAGCACUGUUAUCUCCUCAUAUAGUGUGUGUGUGUGUGUGUGUGUGUGUGUGUGUGUGUGUGUGUGUGUGUGUGUGUGUGUGUGUGUGUGUGUGUGCACAGAUUCUGUCCAAAUGCAGAGGCACGCACCACGUACGUGUGGAGAAACAUUUUGACAGGAUUUAGGGCCGGGCAAGUCUUUGCCCAGCAGGGGUUUUAGGAUACAAUCUCCUUAACCAACCUGAGAGGACAAGUAGUAAUCUGAACAGAAACAUAAUACCAACCAUACCUGAAAAAAAUAUGUCAUAUAAUAUUUCUUUCUCCCUGGGCUGAAAAUCCAUCCUUAAUCGAUUCAUCCGCCCGUCUGUGUUAUACUGUAUGGCUAUCAGCACUCAUUGUUGACCCAAGUUUGCAUUCACUGUGUUCUCGCUCCAUGUCCAUGUUCUGUUAUGCCUGUGAAGCCAAAGAUGUAUGCUGUACACUCCCAUGUUGUGUCUCUGAACCACGGUACCUGACCGCUGUGGCCUAACUCUAAAACCGUGCAAUCUUGACUGUGUAGCAUUACCGUGUAUUGUUGCUGUACCAUACUGUAAAAUAUGUACAUAGCACAUAAUAAAGAUAUACAUUGCUUCUUUUAA